AUGUCGGACUCUUUAUUGAAAUGUAUUUUGUGUACACUUGCGUUCAUUUUAGCGUUUGCACUUUUGGGAAUAAGAACAGGUAUGUAUGUAUGUAGGUAGGUAGGACUAAUAAAUAAUCAAUCUACACAUCUGCAAUGAAGAUGGAGUUGUCCAAUGUUAUGUGUUUAAUGUUUUAUCACAGAUGCUGCAUCUGAGGAAGGACCUAUUCUUCCUGACGGACAGGAUCUUUAUUUCAAAACAGUUGGCAUUUCACCCAUUCUAUCGGAUCCUCAAAGCAUAGUUCAUUCACAUGUCCUCAAGGUUUCACACAAGGACCAUGGAGCUAUCCACCGGCAGAAGCGCGACGUCCUUUUCCCCAGCGGGGUCAAACUCUGCGGGCAGGAGAGUGUGCAACAAGCCAUCGCAAAUCACCUCAGCUACUUUCACCUGCGAGGUAAGACCACCACUCACUGACCUGUAUGGAUCAUGCUGGAGGUAGAAGUAGCCCAUAAGCGCAGAUCUGGAAUCAGUUUACCCUUCCCAAAUCGUAACCUCAACCAUUGGGGGGAGAAAGCCAACAAACUUAAGAUCAGUGUCUAGGCUUAACUUCACACUUUAUCCGAUGGGCUCUAUACUGUAUAGUGUUGUGCAGUGUGCUUAUUCUUUAGGUGUAUGGUUGUGUAUGAUAAAAGGCUGAUGAUUGUGUGUGUCUGUUGCCUCUAGGCAGGGAUUUAGAAAGGGAAGGGAAAGGGGAUACCUAUUCAGUUGUACAACUGAAUGCAUUCAACUGAAAUGUGUCUUCGCAGUUGCAACAGAAGUCAGCGGGUGAGAGGCCUACACAUACUGUAACAUCUAUGGGCCUACAUGAGUUCACGGUCCUCCCAGUCCCUCAGUUCCAAGUCUUUGGUCUUAUAAUGGCAUCUAGAACAAUUGUUAUUUACCCCUCCCCCCACUCCUCUUAGUAAAGACAUUCACUUGAUGGAGUAGUGCUUGAAGUGCUGCAGAUAUCAUGACAUCUGUAGGAGGAGUGGUGCCUGCCCACAGACCUAUGGCCAGUUGUGCAUUUGGCUCCAGAUUGGCUUUGGCUACUGACUGUAGGUAUUAUUAUUAUUAUUAUUAUUAAUUUGUAUAUAUUUAUUUUUUUAGGGGGUAGAUCAGCUUUAAUAUUACAGAUAGAUUGUAACUUCCAUCAAUAUAAUUGUCUGCAUCACUUCCAAUCCCCCAUUUUUUUCGCAAAUAUAUAUAUAUACAUAUAUAUACAUACACAUACACAUACAUAUACACAGACAUACAUAUAAAUACAUAUUCAUACAUAUAUAUACAUAUUACUUUCCAACCCACCACCCCUUCCCUAAUUGGAGUAAACUAAUGAACAACAAUGCUUAGGCCUCUACUUCCAGUUUAUACAUACUAUAUGCAUUUUAUGGACACAGUCAAUUUUACAAUAAUUAUAUUUUGUUUGUUUCUACUUCUGAACUUCCUCUACCCUCAACCUCUCCGAUCAUUUUCAUGAUGUCCAUCCGGUUUGCUUCUAUAUGCCAUAUCUUUCUAACUGUGCUCUUUCAUACUGACUGUAGGUAUUAGCUGAUCCCAGAUCUGUGCGUGUGGCACGUUCUGGCAACCCUUACCCAGACCAUAGAUUAGGUCUAUAUCCUUUACUCACCCAGCCCUAGAAACGUGAGGUGUGUGUUGAAACUGCAUUGAGAUAUUUGGGUCUCAACCUAUAUGCCCUCUCCAGCAUCAGAUUUUCAGCCACAUCUGCUCUACUUUAGAUUCAUUUUCUGGCAGUAAGUAAGUCGCACUGUAAGUCAAGAUAAGCCCAUUUAGAGACUUCAGCCAUGUAGGAGCCCCUACAGUGCACUUGGAGAGAGAGAGGGAGGGGGAGGGAGAGUGACUCCUGACCCUGAGAAGGACGUUGGGCGCGAGCAGACAGGUUAAAAAUAAAACGCUCAGAACAUGUGUCCAGCCACUCAGGAGAGAGAGAGACAGAGGCUUAGGGUUCUGAGAGGCAGGAGCUUUGGAGAGUCUGUGGGCCUGUUAGUGGGACUAUUCUGUGGUGAGUGUUCAGGACAGCUCUGCAUGUGACUCCAGUCUGGUGGGCUGCUGAGACACUGACCUGGCUGGACCUGACCUGGCUGGACUCCAUCAGAGGGUUGCUAACCCUCCCUGGCUGUUUGGCUAACCCUUGGGUCUCCCGAUGAAUAGUAAAGCUAUUCCAGGACGUUCUCUAUACUAUGCUUGAAUGAAAAUGUAUAACAUGUUUUUUUUUACUUUUAUGAGAUUGGUCAAAUUUGGCAAUCAAGACUUUAGUUUCAGCCCAGCACUUACUAAAACACCCAAUUUAAACAUCUGCUCAGUAAGAUGGGCUGGAACAAAUCCCACCCUGUAGCUCUUUAGACCAGGGCCGUGGUUGGUGAUUGUGUAGAUAUAGGUAGGUGAGCACAAUGAUUGUGGAGAUAGUACUAUAUUAUGUAGGUGCAGGGUCCCAUGUAGAUGCAGUUGUUAGAAUUGAAUUGGGAAGAGAAUAGUUGGGACAGCGUUAAGGUUAAGGGAGAUACUGUGCUGUAGGAACUGAUCUUUAACCGUGUUAACCCUAUUCCCCUAUGGGGACUGGGAGAUGCUUUGGCUCCAGGGAGGAGAGCAGUGAGGGUUGAGUAGGUAGCUACAGGUCAUUGGGUUGGUGACCUGUAAGCUGACUUACAAUAUGGAAAGGGGUUACAUCACUGAUUUAGCAGUGGCAUGACAGUGGAGAGUGAUACUGAGGUCAGGCAGACAGGUACACAGCAUGCUAAACAUGGAGUCUGUUGACUCUGACCUGGGGGGGGGGGGGGGGGGUAUGUACUGUACAACGCUUAAAUCCACACGAGCUACGAUGCUAGCUAAGAUUUACCUCAGGGCGUCACAGCUCCAGAACAGGAGGGGCCACAGCCUAGGAUGGUUUUCCUACCUGCUCCUUGUCAUGCUUAGAGAAAGUUUUCUACCAAGUAAAUGGUUCUUUCACCAAUCAGUGACAUUAGUGUGUGUGUGUUUUAGUGUGUCAGGAGACAGUGUGGGAGGCCUUCAAGAUCUUCUGGGACCGCCUCCCGAACCAGGAAGAGUACCAGACCUGGAUGAGUCAAUGCCUGGAUGGCACGACCACCGCUCUGGAGAUGGGCAACAACUUCAGCCAAUCAGAGGAGCACCUGGCCCUGGUUGAGAGUGUGAGUGGGCUAUUUUUGUAA